AUGCCGUGCACACUGGUAGGGAAGGUGGUGUCAGGAGUAGUGACUCUGGGUGUUAUUGCUGGACUGACUGCAGUCAUAGUCCUGACAGUCAACGAAGCAAAUAGUAAGGAGAGUACAACGGAACUUCCACCUCCUUCAUCUGCUGCAACAAGUCCCUCGACUCCAGGUUCUAAUAAAGAAACAGAAAGUGAUCUGCCGUAUAGAGUGGGUGUCGGAAUAGCUGACAUGACGGGACCAUGUGUGGAAAUUACUUUUAUGGGCUACGCAGAGGUGGGACAGCGUGGCCGAGGUAUCCAUACGCGUCAGUUUGCCAGAUCAUUUAUCUUCGCGGAAGGAAACAGUAGAGUGGUGCUAGUCACGGCUGAGGUACAGGCUGUUGGCAUUGCCGUUAGACGAGAGGUAGUGAAGAAACUCCAAGAAAGGUAUGGCAAUAUGUACACGCUGAACAAUGUGAUCCUCACAGGCACUCAUACACACAGUACCCCUGGAGGUCACAUGGUGGACUUUAUCCUUGACAUCAGCAUCCUCGGCUUCUCCCGUGAAACUUUCACUGCUUACGUUGAAGGCAUUACCAGGAGUAUAAUCCGUGCUCACGAAAACAUGGUUCCAGCUCGUUUGUUCUUUGGCCAGACGACAGUGACCGGUGCACAAAUGAACAGAUCACCGUUCUCUUACGGUGAAAACCCUAAAGAAGAGAGAGCUAGAUACGAAGAUGUAGGCAACCAGACAGAUAUAACUCUGACUCAAGUGAAGAUCGUGAGGGAGGACGGUCGUCUGCACGGAGUGAUGAACUGGUACGCAGUGCAUACCACCAGCAUGAAUAUGACAAACCAGCUCAUAUCCUCCGACAAUCUGGGGUACGCUGCUUUGAGGAUGGAGAAAGAAUUGAACCCAAGAAGCAUAACUGGCAAGCCAGAGAUAGUAGCAGGUUUCUUCUCCUCGAACCUUGGCGACGUAUCUCCGAACACGCAGGGAGCUCGCUGUGAGUUCUCAGGCAAGGAAUGCGACAACCAGUUCCUCAUCUGUGAACAUAUGGAGCGCUGUUUCGCUCAAGGACCUGGACAGGAUAUGGUGGAGAGCACUAAGAUCAUCGGAACUGCUGUAUUUGAAGGAGCUUGGGAGGUACUGAACACUCCUAAUGAAGAACUGGAAGAGCUGAUUGGAAGAAUUUCAGUUCGCCAUCAAUUUAUGAAGAUGGAUGAACAGACUGUUCCCAAGUAUAAUACGAUUGAACAAACCUUUGAUAAUGAUAACAUGGUAAAAGGAUGUGUACCAGCAUUGGGGUACAGUUUCGCAUCAGGAACUGUAGAUGGAGCCAAUACGAUGAACAUUACACAGGGUACAUUGGAACCUAUGCCGAUCUUGGGCUUCAUCGCCAGCCUCAUCGGUGCAGCCACGGAUGAAGACAAGGACUGCCAUUAUCCCAAACCCAUCUUGCUGGCUACUGGACGGGCAAAUUUCCCCCUCCCAUGGCAUCCUCACAUCAUAUCAGCCUCUGUGGUCUGGUUAGGCAGUCUGGCCAUCCUAGGAGUACCAGGGGAACCGACCACCAUGGCCGGCAGACGUAUGAGGGCAGCCGUCGGUCAGCUGAUAGCAAGCAGGGGAAUUGAACCUAAGGUCCUCGUCUCCGGCCUGACGAACGAGUACAUACAUUAUGUGACCACCUAUGAAGAGUAUCAGGUACAACGGUACGAGGCAGCGUCCACUCUGUAUGGACCGCACACACUCGACGUAUUCAUCAACAAGUUCGUCGAACUCACUACUGCUAUUAUUGAGGAAAAAGAAGUAGAUGCUGGUCCAUCUCCACCCGAUCAUAGAAACCGCAUCCUGUCUCUGAUCACGCCAGUAGUGUUGGACUCCAGUCCCCUCCGCCAAAGCUUUGGAGACUGCGUCAUACAGCCACCAGCUCGCGUGAGGAGAGGAGAUGUCGUCUCCGCUACUUUCGUGGGUGCAAAUCCUCGCAACGACUUGAAACACGAAGAGAGUCACGCCGCAGUGGAGCGGCUGGAGCUGACGGAGUGGGUGCAGGUCGCCAACGACGCCGACUGGGACACCGUGUUCCGAUGGGAACGUAUGUCCUUAUUAAGAGGAACGAGUCAGGCGACCUUCGAGUGGAGAGUGCCGGAGGACGCCAUACUGACGCGGUACCGCAUCGUGUACCACGGCGCCGCGCGAGCCAUACGGGGGGCCCUCACGCCCUUCCGGGGAGUCAGCAAUGAAUUUGAACUUUAUUAA